CAGACACACACAGUGUGACCCGGAACCGAACCGCCUCCCUGCCUCCUGGUCCAACAGCCGGCGAUUUCCUCCUCGUCCUGAUCUUUAUAUACUUCUAGUAUAAAAUAAAGUCCCUUGGCCAUUUCCCGGCUCAUCACUGGAGUGGCACGCUUGAUUUUGGCCAGCGAUAUCUAUCCGAUCGAAAUCCAGACAAGAAAGGGGUCCUUGUUCGCUCUAGCUCGCACUCAUAUAAGCUCCAACUUUUCCGAACCGAAACGGGUGCGAGUUGGUAUAUAAAAGCGCAGCAGCGCCACAUUAUAGCAGCCGCUACUACGUCCACGUCCUUCUACAAAGCCAAGCCGGUGACCCAUACUUGCGGUGCAUAAUUGCCGCGGCGAGGGAGCAGAUGGCCGCGCACACCCGGUCCAUGAGCUGGUACAUGGGCCAGACGGGCUCGCCGGCGCCGUCGAGCGCCGACGGAGCGCAGCGCGCCCUCAGCAGCGGCGACGCCAGCUUCGACACCAACAUGGUGAUCAUCCUCGCGGCGCUGCUCUUCGCCCUGCUCUUCGCGCUCGGGCUCAACUCGCUGGCCCGGUGCCUCAUCCGGUGGGCGCGGCGCUCGGCGCUGGAGGCCGGGGGCGCCGGCGGGGAGCUGGACGCGGCGUCGUCGGCGUCGGCGGGCGGGCGGGGCGGGCUCAAGAAGCUCACGCUCAGGAGCCUCCCCAUCGAGGUGUACGGCGCGUGCGCGGCCGCGCCGGCGGGCGACGUCUGCGCCAUCUGCCUCGGCGAGUUCGAGGACGGCGAGAAGGUGCGCGUGCUGCCGCGCUGCGGCCACGAGUUCCACGUCCGGUGCGUCGACACCUGGCUCGUCUCGCACGGCUCCUGCCCCACGUGCCGGGACUCGGUGCUCGGCGGCGCCGCCGCACCCAAAGCCGCCGCCGCCGCCGGGCGCGGUGGGCGCCCCGGGAGCGCCGACGCCGCGGCCGUCACGGUGGUCAUCGCGUGACCGACGUGGACAGGUGGGGGCCGCGCGCCCGUCCGUGGUGGGGCCGCAGAUAGGAUUGCUUCGCUUGGAGUGCAGUAGAAAGUAUCCUGGCCGUGACCGCGUCUGUCUGUGUGGGAGGGAGAGAUGUUUCUUUUUUGACGUUGGUGGUCUGCUUAGCUUCGGUCACGGUCAAGCUUUACCUCUCCUCGACGGCAUGUACAGCCUUGUGCAUCUUCUGCUUACUGUAGUCGCUGUUCCGUGUGUAUAUAUACAAAGUGGAGAUGGUAUUAAUAGGAUAGUAGAGUUCAAAUUGUGCUC